AUGAGUGGUGUAGUGAGUUUUAAGCUCGUGUUGCUGGGUGAAUCCGCGGUAGGCAAGUCGAGCAUUGCGCUUCGUUUUGUCAAAGAUCAAUUUGAAGACUACCGCGAAAGCACCAUUGGCGCUGCCUUUCUCACGCAGACCGUGCGUCGUGAGGAUGGAGCCAAUGUGAAGUUGGAGAUUUGGGACACAGCAGGUCAGGAGCGAUACAAGUCGCUAGCGCCCAUGUACUAUCGCAAUGCCCACUGUGCCAUUGUCGUGUACGAUAUCUCAGAGACAGACUCGCUGGAAAAGGCCAAGAGCUGGAUCCGUGAACUCCAGCGCCAUGCGGAUACCAAUAUUAUCAUUAUGCUGGUCGGCAACAAGCUUGACUUGGCUGAGGACCAUCGUGCCGUGUCUACGGAGGAUGGCAAAGCGUUUGCAGAGCAGGAAGGUCUCCUGUUCCUCGAGACGUCGGCCAAGACCCCGACGAACAUCAAGGAACUGUUUGAUACGAUCGCCAACAAGCUCCCGCUGGACCGCGGCAUGGGAGCCAAGCGCCCUGCCGCUGCAGGUGGCGGUGCAGCUACGACUUCGAACCGGCCAGCCAAUGCGCCCGUACAGCUGAACGCGACAGCACAGCCGACGAACGAAGAUGCAUGUACUUGCUAG